CAGAUGAUUAGUUUUUGGUGGUGAUCCAGAUUAAUGAUCAAUCAAUAGUCAAUAAUUUCUGGUUUGGUCCUAGCUUUGUAACAUAAUUUCUGAUUAUGAAGAACAACAUGACACAGGGUAUAUUUCAAAAUAACAGAUGUGGAGGUGAUUUUAUACUCUAUCUUUAAUAUGAAGAGACAGUGUAUACAAUUGAAAACUGAGACAUUAUCAAUAUCCAGUAAGUCAUACUUAAAUUAUGGAAUAAACACAAAGCAAUACAACCAAGUUAAUUUUGAAAUUCUUCCUCAGUAGGCCCUGUAACUCACUAUAGUUUCCUUAUGGAACAUGCUACUUUCAUGUACUGCUUGAGAGACUCUUGGGCAUAAUGACGAAAGGACGUGAAAUGCGGCAUCUUCCAUUGAAGCUAUGUGCAUUCAGGUAAACAUUCGCCCAUUGUCUCAGAUAAGCUGUUUUGAUAGCUCCACAGGAGCCUGAACAGCUUAAUUAUUAUCAAGGAAGGGCGCGCUAUGCCUCAGUGAAUUUAUUUUGUUCUAUUGCAUGGAUAAAGCAAUUUCUCGUGGUCCCUCGUGGUUGCUAUGAUACAGCAUUGCUGCCAUCUUGCAGUUUUGAGCACAUAGGCUUGCGUCAACAUGUGGAAAUUUGUUUCGGGUUUUCAUGAUCUUUUUCCUGUUACCUCAUUAAAACGGGUUCUGGCGUUUGUCUUUACUUGUUAGCAUUUCAAAGAUUGUAUUGAUCUAUGUUGAACUGAUAUACUGUAUACCUGGUUUUAAAGCAAUAUAUCGGCCGAUUCAUGUGUGGUGUCAUUUUCCAAUGAGAGCUGAUAUUGAGAGUAAAGAAAUUAUCAAUUAGCAUCCACAAAUUCGAGCAGACAAUAGCCGGUUAAAUGAUCAUAUAUAUACGUACAGUUCACAGUAGUGUUGAUGUCAACUUUGAUAAAAGGAUAUUGAAAGCAUCCCGCGCGCAUUUUUGUGUGUCACGAAUGCAUUUGUUCUGCCAUAUUGCAACGAGAACCGAUAUUGAGGGUAAAAAAAUACUAAUUAGCAUCCCCAUAUUUGAAAAGACAUAAGCUGGUAAAAUGAAUAUGUAUAUAUAGUUCACAAAAGUGUUGAUGUCAACUUUGAUAAAGGAAUAGUGAAAGGCAUUAUGGGUGCGUUUUUGUGUGUCACAAAUGCAUGUGUAGUGCCAUAUAUUGCAACGAGAGUAAGAAAAUUAAUUAUCAUCCCAAAAAUCGUGCAUAUUUUAGCAAAUUUCGACUAUAGAUAUAUUUUCCUAUCGGAUCAUAGCUAAAAACAAGUAUGCUUCAAUGCAAUUAUACAAUUUUGAAUGCUCAUUUUACGGCAACAAACAAGAUUGCCUUUACCACAUAGGGCAUUUUGAAUUCCUCCAUGAACAAACAUAUCAAAUUCUCAUAUAGCUUCCAAAUUGAUAGAACAAAUUGUACUUAUACUUUAAGUCUAUAAGUUUAUUGUCUCAUCCACCCGAAUGUUUGCCUCACAUUACUCUUUGUAUUAUGCAAUUGUUGGUGACAUGUUUUGUCAGGCUAAAUAUACUCUCUCCAGUAAUACUGUCCUACAUUCCAGGCUGAUGUCUCUUCCAACCUGUUUGAUGUUAAAGCUGAGAUGAAUGGUCAAAUUUAAAUGCUUCACUGCUCAUGUGUAAUAAACCUGCCCUUCAGAGGUAUCAAAAUUUAGGUCAACUGAGGGCUGUGGCUUGUGGGACAGCAGUUGUGUUGGUCUUGUGUAGGUUUCAUUCCAUCACUGCAGUAUUUAGGAAGUGGUUUCUUGGUAAAAUGGGAGCACAACAAUCUCAAAGUUCAGAGCAGAAGUAUAGAGUACAUGUAGAUGGAGAGGAGGGCACUGAGUUCUCUCCCACUAAUCAGUCUGUCCAGCUUGAGGAUGGAAUCCGUGGUUCUUAUUUGGCAGAGCCUGGGAAAUACACAGAAUACUUGUAUGAAGAUGCGAAGACCCUAAAUGAGGGCUUUUUGAGGGGAAUGAAAGUGUCAGAGAAUGGACCUUGUCUUGGCACCAGAACUGGCCCCAACAAGACUUAUGAGUGGAUGAGCUAUGGUGAAGUAUAUGAGAGAGCAAAGAACUUUGGGUGUGGACUGAUCACCAAGGGAAUGAAACCAUGCACAGAAAGCUUUCUAGGAAUAUACUCACAGAACAUUCCAGAGUGGGUGAUUGCAGAGCAGGCAUGUAACAUGUUCUCAAUGGUGACUGUUCCACUGUACGAUACACUUGGAAUGGAGGCAUGCAUUUUUAUCAUUAACCAAACUGAGAUGACUACUGUUGUAUGUGAUAAAGUGGAGAAAGUGACCUCUCUGCUGGAACAUGCUGAACAAAUACCAACAUUACGCCACAUUGUCUAUGUUUCUGAUGUGACAGAAGAUUUGACAGCACAAGCAGCUAAAUACAGCAUAGAGCUGAUUGCUUUUAAAGAACUAGAGGUUCUUGGGCUAAAUAAUUUACAAGAUCCUGUGCCUCCAAGCCCAUCUGAUCUAGCAACAAUCUGUUUCACAAGUGGCACAACAGGAACCCCCAAAGGCGUCAUGUUGAGUCAUGGAAAUAUUAUUGCAAAUGUUGCAGCUGUGUGUAAGGCGGCUGAGUUGGUUGCCAGUCCAGCAGAUAGUCAUAUUUCUUAUCUUCCUCUGGCCCACAUGUUUGAAAGAAACAUGCAGGCUCUAUCUUUUCAAUCAGGAGUGCGGGUAGGUUUUUACCAGGGUGAUGUGAAGUUGCUUAUGGAUGACAUGCAAGCUCUCCAACCCACAUUAUUUCCAGUUGUUCCUCGUUUGCUGAACAGGCUGUAUGACAAGAUUUUAGCUGGAGCAUCAGAAAGCUGGAUUAAACAAUACUUGGUGUCUAAGGCUUUGGAAAGUAAGAGCGCAGAAGUAAAAAGGGGCAUUAUUAGAAAGGAUAGCAUAUGGGAUACACUAGUUUUCAGAAAGGUUCAAGAUUUGCUGGGUGGUAAUGUCCGUUUUGUAGUAACUGGGUCAGCUCCGCUUGCACAGAAUGUUAUCAACUUUGCUCGAUGUGCUUUUGGAUGUCCAUUAUAUGAGGCUUAUGGUCAGACUGAAGCUACAGCUGGAGUUACAGUGACUAUUCCAAGAGCUCCAGUUUUAGGUAUUAAUGUGGGGCCACCAAUUCCCUGUAACAUUGUCAAGUUGAUAGAUGUGCCAGAUAUGGGAUACUUUUCCAAAGAUGGAAAAGGAGAGGUAUGUGUGAAGGGAUCUAACCUGAUGAUGGGAUAUUUCAAGGAGCCAGAAAAGACCAAAGAAGCUAUUGAUGAAGAUGGCUGGUUACAUACAGGGGACAUUGGGGAAUGGACACUAAAUGGAGCUUUAAGGAUCAUAGACAGAAAGAAACACAUCUUUAAGCUGGCUCAGGGAGAAUACAUUGCACCAGAGAAGAUUGAGAAUAUUUAUGUCCGCAGCCCUCUGGUGGCACAAAUGUUUGUUGAUGGAAACAGUCUUCAGUCCUGUAUAGUUGGCAUAGCUGUUCCAGAUCCAGAGGUCUUGCCUGCUUGGAUCAAGAAACAAAAUAUCACAGGGUCCACAAUGGAGGAAUGGUGCAAGAAUGAUGUCCUGAAAGAUGCCAUUUUGAAUGACAUUUUGGAAUGUGGAAAGAAGGCAGGUCUUCACUCCUUUGAACAGGUGAAGGAUAUCUUCCUUUAUCCUGAGUUGUUUUCAGUGGAGAAUGAUCUGCUAACACCCACAUUCAAAGCCAAGAGGCCACUACUCCGCAAACAUUUUGCUAAACAAAUUGAAGAAAUGUAUGAAAAAUUGUCUUAAGGUGUAAUUGACAUACAAUUUAAUUUUUGCUUUUCAAAUGGGAAUCAUAUGCGGUAGCCCAAACUCUCCUGACUUGGCAUAAAAUCAAGAGGGAUUGCUUGGAUAUAGUCUCAGAUACCGAUAUAGUCUUGUAUGCAAAUACACAGCACUGAAAGUCUCACUUAUGGCUGUCUCUGAUGAUCCCCAUUCUAACAUACCUCUUCCAUCCCUAUUGCUCUUCAAAAACUUUGUACCAUGGCCUGGAGUUUUAGAUACUUAGAUGAACUUGAUAACUACAUUGAUUCAGAAGGGAAAUUUCAUCUACUUGGGCCUCACACCUGUUCAUAAACUAAAUGCACAAGAGCAGAAAGACUGCCCUCUUGUUUGCAGUGUGUUUUCAACUAGUCAUCUAUGUUUGCAAAGAUCAACACUUGUGGUUAAUUCAUGUGGCCCAAUUUCUGAAGAUUUCAGUAAAAAUCUAUGCAUUUUUGACUGACUGGUUGUUAGAUUCAUUUUUCAAAUUCCUUGUAAACUAGCAGAUAUAUGCAGUAUACAUGUAAUGGUAACCUUUUGUGCGUUAUCUUAUAUACUUUUGGAUUGUGUACUUUAUUACAUAACAAGAUAGAUUAUAGAUUCAUUUUUAUGCCAAAGCAUUAUUUUAUGUACAACAUUAUUAAGUUUUGAUAUAGUAAUAUUAGAUCUAUGUUUCUUAGAAUUUAUAUGUAAAGUUUCAGAAACAUUCCUUAAAUCUGACUUGUCAGAACUUUUGAUAGCCUUUUUUUGGUUAUUGAUAACACAACAUUAUAUAGGGAAAGAUGGUUAUUUAUUUAGUGCAGGGGUGUUUUAAUGUACCAUUAACAAUUGCCAUAGUAGUUGCGUUUUCAUGAAAUAUUGUACCAUGGUCAAAUAAACGUUCAUAAUUAUGCAUAUUAAUGUAAAGCAGGUAAUGCAAUUAAAUUUAUCAAGAUGUGGGAGAUGCAGUUUCCUUUAACAAAUUUACCUUAUAAUUAAUGAAAAUAAUCAUAUGUAAUUUGGAAGUAAAAGUUAGAUAAUGCAUGUUCUAUAAAAGAGUGCUUUAAGUAAUUGAAACAUUAUAAUAAUAUCUACUGAGUACAUAAAAAUAUUGGUAUCUAAGAUAUGAGAUCGAUACUUUAGGGCUACUUGAACUUGCUGGUUUAUUCAUUAAAAUGUAUGGGUGCUUAAAGGACAAAGUCGAUCUUUGCAUAUCUAAGAGGGUCCCAUUGGGUAUUUUCAUUACCCAUGAAAGCUACUUUCUUUAGCAUGAUUUGUGAAACGCCCCAUUCCCAUGACUCUUGCAUGCAGCUUUUUACUCUCCAACCUUUGUGAAACAAAGUCAUUAUACCCAGUGAUCCAUGAUUUUCAGGAUUUUUGAAACACAUUAUCAGUGAAAUAUGAAUUAAGUAUUAUUUACUGUGAUUUAUGAAUUGAUGAUCUUAUUUCCUGGGAAUUGUAAUUUCUACUCCCCCCAAAGGGACCCUCGUCUAACAGUCCAGCUUGGUUUUGGAACAUAAUUUCUGACUGUGCCUUAGAGUAUUCAAGUGUUAAUAAAAUACAUCCAGUUAAAACUUUUCUGUACUGUACUACAUAGUAUUUAAUUUUUCUUCCCUUUGCACCUCAAAGUUUAAAACUAACCUCUACCAGAGAGGCAGAUAUUAUAGGCAGAUUUUCCAGAAGUCACCCUGUAACUUUUGGCCAGAUGGAAGCAAUUAAAUCUGCAUGGGCAGAUGGCAUUAUACCGUUCUGUAGGGAGCUACUACAGGAUAUUCCUCAGUUAACUUCAAUCUGAAGUAACAAGCUAUUCAGAAGGGGCUAUUUUUAUCUGUCAUAAAAGAGCAAGUGAUUAAAAUUGGGGCAAUUAACUGUUUUGAUUGCUGUCAAGGGGACUUGGCUUGGGCCUGUUGUGGCAGUGCCUGAGCAGUUAUGCAAACAUUUAACAACCAUGUAAUCAUCCUUGGGAUUUCAUUACAGGGUGACAGAGAACCAAAUGACCAUCUAUUUAUCUAAAGACAUAUAUCUGUGACUAUCUUGUGAAAAAUCUAUCUGUUGCCCUGGUAGAGGCUAGUUUAAAACCAUACAUAUAUGUAGUUUAUAUUUGAUAUUUUGAAUAAAAGAUAAUAUAUCAUU